GGUAAUACAACAUUUAUUGGAUGCCAACCGCCGUUAAACAUCAUCAAAGAAGAAGUAAACCGACCCUUGUUGUGAACGCGCAGUUCUCUGUCACCCAGUCAGCUGACAUUCAGUGCCAGUUUGUUGCUUGUCAUUAGGCCCAUGUUUUUACGUCGUGUAUGAGCAACUGAAAAUCUAUUUAGUCAAAUCAAGUAGCUGAUUAUUAUUAGUCAGUUGUUUUCUAGCUACCUUUAUUAGUAAGCAAAAAACAACAACUGAAGAACCAGCCAUGGCGCUCAGCGAUGCCGACGUACAGAAACAGAUCAAGCAUAUGAUGGCCUUCAUUGAACAGGAAGCCAAUGAGAAAGCAGAAGAAAUUGAUGCAAAGGCAGAAGAGGAGUUCAACAUUGAGAAGGGCCGUCUGGUGCAGACACAAAGGCUCAAGAUCAUGGAGUACUAUGAGAAAAAAGAAAAGCAGAUCGACCAGCAGAAGAAAAUUCAGAUGUCCAACCUGAUGAACCUGGCUCGACUGAAGGUGCUGAAAGCUCGUGAUGACAUGAUUUCGGAUCUGCUAACUGAGGCUCGUCAGAGGCUGGCUAACAUUGCCAAGGACCCGGCGAGGUACCCUGCCUUGUUGGAGGGACUAGUUCUGCAGGGAUUCUACCAACUGCUGGAGCCCAAAGUGAUAAUUCGCUGCCGGCAGCAGGACAUUGCCAUGGUGCAGGCUGCUGUUCAGAAAAAUAUCCCCAUCUAUAAAGCUGCUGUGAAGAGCAACAUUGAGGUCGGCAUUGACCAAGACCGGCACCUUUCACCAGACAUCUCUGGAGGUAUUGAGAUGUACAACGCUAAUGGGAAGAUCAAGGUAGCCAACACCCUGGAGAGCAGGCUAGACCUCAUGGCCCAGCAGAUGAUGCCUGAGGUCAGAACGGCUCUGUUCGGUGCCAACCCGAACCGUAAGUUUUUUGGACUAAAAGAUGGUGAUGCUGUUGGAGACAAAGGUUAAGGGAUCAUUGGAAGUGUUACUGCGAACAAGCCUCUCAUUUGGGCUGGAUAUGUUGAAAGUUGAGCAGAGCCUAAGAACACCCUUUCUCUGAUCUUCCCAACUUUAAGCACUUAUCUAUAUGAUCUUCCAAAGUAAGAAAAUGUUUUAUGAGACAUGAUGUGAGGGAGAAUGUGUGUUGUCUGGUGUCAAGGGUAGGUGGCUUUCACAAGUGUUUUAUACUACCUCCUCAGUUUACCACUGCUCCCCUCCCAUCACUAAGGGUUGUCUCAUUGUCCCCUUACUUUCCCUUGAGGAAUAAUCAAGUUAUUUUUGUUUACUGUAAGGUGUCCAAACACCUAACAGGGUGGCUGCCGCUGUAUUCCUUUUGAUGUUUCUGUGUAUUUUGUGUGUUGAGAGGGAACAUAUUGGAUUGGAGAAUGAAUGUCUUGUUGUUACUUACCAAUGUGAUUAACAAUACAUAUGCAACAAAGAAACAUGAAUAUUCACUGUUUGUACAGAUUGUUCAUUCAAUUCAGAUGUUCUCCAAUGAGGAAUAAAAUGGUUAUUCCAACCCAAUCAUAAAAUGUAUAAAACAAAAUGCUUUCAUUGCCACCUAGUGAACUUAAUCCAAAGUGCGUUGGCAAGAACCUGGUACUUUUUUAAAUGGAUCUUAUCAUAGUAUAGCCUAAGUUGUACAUCAAACUAACUUCUGCUGAAUUGCAAAAUGUGUAAGAUAAAUGGCAAGAUGUUUCGGACGAGACUCCAUCAUCCAUCACCAGAAAUAAGGCUUUAUCUGCAUCAUUUUUAUUGUUUGCAUGACAUGUAAUGCAAAGAUGCAUUAAAAAAAGUUAAGCUAA